CGCGGACGCGUGCUGCUCGGGGAUGCGCGCUCGCGCUGACGGGACGCUCGCUCACUGCGCUCGGUCUCGGCUGGAAACUUCACAACUCCUUGGGAAUAAACGCUUGUUCUGACAUUAACGGCAUUCCUGUCAGGGAUGUCGAGCCGACACGAGUGAAAGCUGCUUGAAUUCUGCUUGACUUUGCCUGGAGAAACACAUCACCGAGCGAAUCUAACGGCUGAGUUUUGAUCUCCGCAUUCAUCAGGACAUGGGACCAGAAGAUGUUCAUCAUAUGGAAAAAACACGAAAUUCCAAGAGCUUCAGGGUCGUUCUCUGCCUCUGUUCCCCAGAACGCACAGAAAUGCGAACAGAGACAAAAGCCUCCAUCAGGGUUAUCGGGACGAACAGAGUGACUGUUGACACUGGCAGGGGUCACCGGGCACAUGUUCUGGAUUUCGACGCAGUUUGGAACGAAGGGGCUUCGCCGAAUGACAUCUAUGAGUCAACGACUAAGUCCUUGGUGGAGUAUGUAAUGAAAGGUUAUAAUGGUUGUGUCAUAUUGUAUGGACAAUCCACCAGCGGAGACACACACUCAGUUCAAGCCUGUGCUUCCAGACAGAGGGGCAUCAUCAGCCGUACUGCUGAGGACAUCUUUAAUUCUCCAGAGGCUUCACAUUGCAGAGUUAGAGUGUCCUUGUAUCACAUCUCUAAUGAGAAGAUUUAUGACCUACUGGAGUCUCAGGCGAGUGAGGUGUGUCGUAUUCAUGACACAGAGGAAGCAGUGCUUCUGGAGGGGCUGAGAGACCUGGAGGUCGGAUCUGCUCAGGAACUGAUGGAUGUGUACCACAGUGGGAUCAGCCACAGGAACACAGGUGUCUCUAAAGGGGAUUUUGCCAGCAAGUCUCACAUGGUGUUCAACAUUAUGGUCAUAAACAUGAGAGGCAGGUCUGAUAAAGAAGGAGUUUUGACAGCCAGCAAACUUACUCUGGUGGAUCUCGCAAGUUCAAGCAAAUCUGUGUAUACUAGUUCUGCAGUCCUGGAUAUGAGAAGAAGUUUCCAUGUGGCUCAAGAAAACCUUCAGGAGGCCAAAACAAUUAAACGAUCCCUUACAAUCUUUAGAAAUGUGAUAUUUUCUUUGAGCAACACAAGCGCUCAACACAUUCCAUACAGAGAAUCCAAACUCACUCGUGUCCUGAGAGACUGUCUUUGUGUUUGGUACAGUCUUGGAGGAAACUGUCGGACGUGUCUUAUGGUCACCGUUCCAACACAGUCGUCCGCCGUAACAGAGAUUAUGAGUUGCCUGCAGUUUGCCGCACACGCUUUGAACGUACCUUCACGGCCCAUACACACCUCACAGAUCCGCUACACACCCGCACAGGGGCAAAACAUGUGGACAGCAGAAAAGACCAGCCUUGUUCUGACGAGAAGCCAGAUCCUCCCACCAGUCAGUGCUGAUCGAAGAUCUCAGGCCUCCUUGCCAUCUAUUGUGAGCAGUCCAGGACCUCUGACUCAGCUUAAACCCAAACGCAGCCUGGAGGUUUCUGAGAGCCGCUCCUUCUUGCCGCACUUGGAGAAACCCAGAGCACCAGAACCAAGUGGAUAUCACAGCUGCGGCUCUCGGGUUUCGGAGGAAAGGAGUGGAGCAAAGGAUGUGUGUGUCAUGAAAAGUGCCAUCCCACUCUCCCGAUGCCUCUCCGGGUCUGUUUUUGCGGAGCCCCUGCACCGUCACACUCCUGAGAAACCUUCAACCUCACUCGGCACCUCGUCCAUCCCUCCGCUACUCGCCGAGUGCUCCAACUGCAAGCAGGAACGAAAGAUCAGGGAGGAGUACGACAAAUUUAUCAUUCAGGUGAAGAGAGAUAGAGACAGCCUGAGCCAGAGAGUGACAGAGCUGGAGAAAGAGCUGAAGAACCGAGCAGGAGAGCAGAGGGACCACGAAAGGGUGGAGAGAGAUAUCGGAAGACAGGAGACAUCAACUGAAAGUACUGAAACAGAGAUUGAAAAAAAGGCUGAAAGUGAAGCGAGACAGGGAGCUGAAGGAGAAAUAAGAAAAGGCAAGAUUGAAAAAGAGGGCAACGAUACCAGGAGACAGUCCAAGGAGAAAGAACAGAAGAAGGGAGAAAGAGAAGAAGAAGGAGUGAGACGAGAGGAAAAAGAGGGGGAAAAGGAGAAUGACUCAAAUGGAAAGGAAUCCAUCAGCACCACACAUGGAGUAACAGAGGUGCCAAAAAACACUGAGGAGAGCCUACUGUCUGAGCUGCACAGCAUCAGAAAGGAGUAUGAAGGACUGAGAAAGAGUGCGGCCCUGUCCAUCACACAACUGCACAAAGAAAAGGCCGAGCUGCUCUCUCACAUAGACGACACCAAAAGCUGCUACGAAAAAGUUUGUUCAGAGAAUGCACAACUAAAAGCAAGACUUCAGGCUCUCCUGAAAGAAUCCAACUCCAGACCAUGCUCCGGUUGCAAUAGCAACACGGGGACACACAACUCCAGCACACACACAAACGCUUGCAACUCACACAUGGACACACACACGGUCACCACCGAAAUGCUUGUUGUGUCACACAGGGUUUGUCAGCAGUGCACCAGUGAUCUUCCUCAAGAAAAAGCAAAUAAGUGUUGCUUUAGUUCAUGUUCUGGCUUCCAAGAAGCAACUGAAGCACCUGAACCGACUUCACACACCUGCCGCUGUGAAGCGAGUCUACACAAACCCAACCUCUACAAGCAGCUAAGGAGAGAGCACAGUCUGUUGCUGGACGUGAUGCUGGUGCUGUACAAAAGAGAGUGGUUCCUGCAGGACGCCAUGCCGUACGUCAGACGCACGCUCAAAAAAUGUGGCCUCAAUCUGGAAGACUCAGACUGAAGGGUGUGUUUCGGUGGUGGUUUUGGAAGUGGUGGAGGUGGUGGUGAGAGAACACGAGCAAAUUGGUGUCUUCAGAUUAGUCAUGUGUGAUGAGAAAUGUUCUAGUUGAAUUUCAGUGCUGCUUUUGAUACAGUGAUUCAUGAGAUAUGUUGCAAACACACAUCUAGCACUGCAACUGUGACAGUGGGUGUUCCUCAGGGAUCGCUCUGUUGCCCUGCACUGUUAUUUAAAUGCUAUUUUUGGGUCAUAUUAUCCUCCAUUUUUGUAAUACUGCUGGAAGAAACAUAAAAAAACACAGAGACUUUCCCAUGCCUUUCGAACUGUUUGUCUUGAUUACUGUAAUCCAUUUUUUAUUGGAAUUCCAGCAAAAAGACUCAAACAGCUUUUUGUCCUUGUACCUAUUUAGAGUUUUUCCUUUCCUACAUAUACCCAUAGGGUCGGACAAACCACUAGCCCAGGCAUCCAGGACACACAGAUUAUGCAGCUAAUUAUUUUUUGAUGUAGUGUUUUUGUUUUCUGUAUCCCAUCCACUUACAUUUAUCCUCGACUCCAUUAAACAUGUAAGUUAACACCGACUGCAGCCCAACCCUCCUCAGGCAACAUCAGCGUCUGAUCUCACUAAUGCUCUUGUAGCUGAAUAAUCACAAAUUCCCAAAGCCACUCUUCUGAAAGCAGUUAAACCGAGUUAAUAGGUAGUGCUUUCGCCUUUUAAAUAUUCACAUCAAGCCAAAAGUCAAGUGAAGCAUCUGCUUCUGAAAUGCUCCUGUGUGGUUUGAAGCUGUUUAACUCUUCUCCUAAUACAACACACAACAGAGUAGCAGCAAUAAAGACUCAUAUAGCAUAUUUUAAGUAUGUUUGAACUGAUACUGAACUACUAACGUAUUCUAAAAAAAAAAAAAAAUCAACUUUCCAACUUUCCAUCAGACCUGCCAUUCUCCAGCUCUCACACACAAACAGUCCGGAAAGCAUAUUAAAUGACAUGCCUGAAAGGAUAUGUACAUAUUUAAGAAAACGGUAAAAGGAUUCUGACUGUUAUUUAUUAUUUAUUGAAUUAUCCCAAACAUGAUCUUUUUUGAUCUUUUAAAUAACUAAACUUGUAACUAUUUCUGUAAUUAUAAAGGACCUGAAGGGAGAACAGUCUCAGAUCAUUCAUUCAUUUUUAUGUAUAGUAUUCAAGUUAUUCUUGAUACCCAUGUUGACAAAUUCAGACUGUAGACAUGGUACGUGAACACUUUUUAAAAAAGUAUUUAUUUAAAAGCUUCCUGGUAAAUAUAAUUGGGAUAAACACUGGAGCUUUUAUUUGCUUGUUUUUAUGAGAUAAUACAUUUACUGUAUUUAUCCACCCAGAAAAAUUAGUUCCCUCUGACACUGAGCUCCUAACUUACUCUUAAUUUUGUACUAUCUAUUAAAAGCAGCCUGCUUACUGGUAUAGAUACUAAAAU